CCUGCAGUCUGUUGCCUUCCAGGGGCCAAGAGCUGCUCUGAUCACCCAGGGAUUCUCUCUCCAACCCAAGUGCCUCCAGCUGACCUCUGGCUCCUGUCCUCUGGCCCCACCUGCACCGCCCUGCUCUUCCUAAGGGGCCAGGAAGCCCCCAGAAGCUCUACCAUCGACGUGGGUGGUGGCACCCGGCUCACCCUGAGAGCAGAGGCCGUGCAGGGGGCUCGGUUCUGAGCCCCAGCCGGCCCACCAUGGCACGGCGGUUCCAGGAGGAGCUGGCCGCCUUCCUCUUCGAGUAUGACACCCCCCGCAUGGUGCUGGUGCGUAAUAAGAAGGUGGGCGUUAUCUUCCGACUGAUCCAGCUGGUGGUCCUGGUCUACGUCAUCGGGUGGGUGUUUCUCUACGAGAAGGGCUACCAGACCUCGAGCGGCCUCAUCAGCAGUGUCUCUGUGAAACUCAAGGGCCUGGCCGUGACCCAGCUCCCUGGCCUCGGCCCCCAGGUCUGGGACGUGGCUGACUACGUCUUCCCAGCCCAGGGGGACAACUCCUUCGUGGUCAUGACCAAUUUCAUCGUGACCCCGAAGCAGACUCAAGGCUACUGCGCAGAGCACCCAGAAGGGGGCAUAUGCAAGGAAGACAGUGGCUGUACCCCUGGGAAGGCCAAGAGGAAGGCCCAAGGCAUCCGCACGGGCAAGUGUGUGGCCUUCAACGACACUGUGAAGACGUGUGAGAUCUUUGGCUGGUGCCCCGUGGAGGUGGAUGACGACAUCCCGCGCCCUGCCCUUCUCCGAGAGGCCGAGAACUUCACUCUUUUCAUCAAGAACAGCAUCAGCUUUCCACGCUUCAAGGUCAACAGGCGCAACCUGGUGGAGGAGGUGAACGCUGCCUACAUGAAGACCUGCCUCUACCACAAGACCCUGUACCCCCUGUGCCCAGUCUUCCAGCUUGGCUACGUGGUGCAAGAGUCAGGCCAGAACUUCAGCACCCUGGCUGAGAAGGGUGGAGUGGUUGGCAUCACCAUCGACUGGCACUGUGACCUGGACUGGCACGUACGGCACUGCAAACCCAUCUAUGAGUUCCAUGGGCUGUACGAAGAGAAAAAUCUCUCCCCAGGCUUCAACUUCAGGUUUGCCAGGCACUUUGUGGAGAACGGGACCAACUACCGUCACCUCUUCAAGGUGUUUGGGAUUCGCUUUGACAUCCUGGUGGACGGCAAGGCCGGGAAGUUUGACAUCAUCCCUACAAUGACCACCAUCGGCUCUGGAAUUGGCAUCUUUGGGGUGGCCACAAUUCUCUGUGACCUGCUGCUACUUCACAUCCUGCCUAAGAGGCACUACUACAAGCAGAAGAAGUUCAAGUACGCUGAGGACAUGGGGCCAGGGGCGGCUGAGCGUGACCUCGCAGCUACCAGCUCCACCCUGGGCCUGCAGGAGAACAUGAGGACAUCCUGAUGCUCGGGCCCCAACUCCUGACUGGGUGCAGCGUGAGGCUUCAGCCUGGAGCCCUGGUGGGUCCCAGCCAGGGCAGAGGGGCCUCCCCAGGAAGUCUCCUACCCUUUCAGCCAGGCAGAGAGCCGUUUGCCAGAAGCUCAGGGUGCAUACUAGGAGAGACCUGUGCAAAUCUGAGCUCCAGCUCCGACCCCACACACCCCGAGGGAGCCCUGCCCUAGCCUCAGCCGCUCCUGGUGGGGAAGGGCUGGGGCUGGGCAGGGCCCUCCCACACACCUGCACCCUAGCUUCGUGCUUCUCUCUCCGGACUCUCAUUAUCCAACCCGCUGCCUCCAUUUCUCUAGAUCUGUGCUCUCCAAUGUGGCAGUCAGUAACCAUAGGUGACUAAAUUAAACUAAAAUAAAAUAGAAUGAAACACAAAAUUCAAUUCCUCAGCUGAACUAGCCACAUUUCAACUGCUCAGUAGAUACAUGUGGUUAGUGGCUGCCAUACUGGACAGCUCGGGGCAUUUUCACUGUCAAAGAAAGUUCUAUUAGACAGCCCUGCUUGAGCCCUGUUUCUUCCUGGCCUUCGGUUUCCCUGGGGAACUUAUCAACAAUGCAAGCUCCUGGGCCCAUCCCCAGACCUCCUGAACCAAAAGCUCCAGGGCUGGCCGUAUGAUCUGUGUGGAUGGCAAACUCCCCAGGCCAUUCUGGGACCUAAGUUUAAGAAGUGCUGUCCUCGAACUUUCUGACUCUAAGCUCCUGAGCGGGAGUCAGACUUAGCCCUGAGCCUGCACUUCCUGUUCAGGUGCAGACACUGAACAGGGUCUCAAACACCUUCAGCAUGUGUGUUGUGUGCUCACAUGCCACACAGUGUCUCAUGCACACAACCCAGUGUACACACCACCUAUGUGCACACAGCAUCCUUCCACACUGUGUAUGUGAACAGCUUGGGCCCUGCAAACACAACCAUCUACACACAUCUACACCCCCAAGCACACACACAUGGUCUGUGCCAUGUCACCUCCAUAGGGAAAGGCUUCUUUCCAAGCGUGCCAGGCCAGGACAGCCCUCCCAGCCAUGAAUCCUUACUCAGCUACCUCGGGUUGGGGUGGGAGCCCCAGCCAAAUCCCGGGCUCCCUGCCUGUGGCUCAGCCCCAGCUCCCAAGGCCUGCCUGGCUCUGUCUGAACAGAAGGUCUGGGGGAAGCGAGGGGUGGAGUACAAUAAAGGGAAUGAGGACAAA